AACUUCCGCUAUGGCCGCCGUAACAAGAGUAACUGGUCGAACAGGUUUGCUACCAGCAACAAAUCCUCACUGGAAAUUAACUAUACUGUAUGAGAAAAUAUUAGCAACUUUAAGUAAAAUGCCACAAGAGGCUGGCUACAGAAAACAUACAGAAGCUUUGAUUAAAGAAAGAGAACACAUUGUAAAAACUGAACCUGAUGUAGCUAAAGUAGAAGCGAAAAUAAAUAAUGGUCUAAUUGAAGAGUUGAUAUUACAGGCUAGUAGAGAAUUAUCAUUAUCACGUAAAAUGUUGGAAUGGAAACCAUGGCAACCAUUAAUAGAAGAAGCUCCUACCAACCAAUGGAAGUGGCCAAUUUAAACAUAACUUUACACUGUGUAACAUUAUAAAUGUUUAUAUUGUGAUCUGUGAAAAACAAGAAAACUUCAGAUAGUUAUGACUUAGAAUAUAUUUAAAUGGUGUGAAAAAAAAAUUUAAAAUAAAUAGUAAAUUAUAUUUGAUGUCUCUUGUACAACCUCAAAAACAACCUCAUAACCUCAAUUAAUCUGAAACAUCUACCUCUCUUCCAGCCUCUGAUGAAUAUUUUGGAGGCUGGAGUAGAGUCAGAAGAAAAGGACCCUGAUAAAUGGGGAUUUUCCACACCUCCUAAGAUGUGUUUUCUCUAACAUAAUGUUAAGUACCUUUAAGAUGAUUGUAAAUUAGUGUUAGGCACAUAGAUGUAUACAAUAAAUAGCUCUAUAGAUGGGCAUCAUCGUA